UAAAUUUUGUCUGGUGCGGAAAAAAAAUAAAAAAUUAGAAAAAAAAAACGAAAAAGAAAAAGAAAAUCUGUUACUGGAGAUUGUAAAGAUAACCGACUUUUGGUAUUUUUGUUCCUUCAACUUUUUGUUCUGAAAAUGAUAAUCGGAGAAACAUUUCUAUGUGUUGGUUGUUCAGCUUUUACUACUAAUAUUUUGCAGGGGAAUGAAACCAGCUCUUGGAUCAUUCACUACUUCAAGAGAUGGAGCUGAUCCUAAAGUGAUGUGCGUAGAGAGGGAGAGACAAGCUCUCCUUGAGUUUAAACGUGGGCUCAUUGACGAUUUUGGCCGCCUCUCUUCUUGGGGAGUUGAAGAAAGACAAGAAAGACUGCUGCAAAUGGAGAGGAGUCCGAUGUAGCAAUCGCACUGGUCAUGUGAUGGAGCUCGAUCUUUAUGCCCCCCGGAACAUUUCGGGCUAUAAUCAUCUUUCUUUGAGAGGCACGGUUCCAACUCAGUUUGGGAAUCUUUCCGAAUUGCGUUAUCUUGAUUUGGGCUAUAAUUAUGAAGUGAGUGUAAAAAGUUUAGAGUGGGUUUCUCAUCUUUCUUUAUUAAGAUACCUUAACAUGGACUGGGUUGAUCUUAGCAAAGCAAUAGAUUGGAUUGUUUUCAUUGAGAGAGUUGUAUCUUUCAUACAAUCGCUUCAUUGGACCACUACCCAAAAGUAUUGGGCAACUUUUCAUGCUCGAAUUUUUGGAUGUCUCUUCAAAUUCUUUAGAAGGUACAAUCUCCGAAGCCCACCUCUCAAAUCUCAACAACUUACAAUGGUUGGACUUGUCUUCUAACUCUUUGGCUUUAGACUUCAAUUCUGAUUGGAAUCCUCCCUUUCAACUGGAUGGCAUAAACUUGCGGUCUUGCCGGCUGGGGCCUCGUUUCCCAAACUGGCUUCAAACUCAAACCAAUUAUUCUCAGCUUGAUAUCUCCAAUUCUAGAAUUUCAGAUAUUGUCCCUAAGAAGUUUUGGGAUUUAUCUCCUAAGCUUUUUUACCUAAAUCUCUCUUACAACCAGCUCAAUGGCAAGGUGCCUGAUUUGUCAUUAAAGACAGUUUUUUAUCCUGUAAUAGAUUUGAGCUCCAAUCGCUUCGAGUGUCCAAUAGCACCAUUUCCUCCCAACGUGACAGCAUUGCAUCUCUCUAAAAAUAAGUUUUUUGGGUCAAUUUCUUUCUUAUGUAACUUAAAUAGUAAGUUCCUUGGCUCUGUUGACCUCUCAUACGAUCGAUUAUCAGGGGAGCUUCCUGAUUGUUGGAUGCACAUGCAAAAUUUAGCCAUUCUUAAUUUGGCUAACAAUAAUUUCUUCGGGAAAAUUCCUUGGUCUAUGGGCUUCCUCUAUGAGCUUCGAACAUUGCACUUACGCCACAACAAUCUCGUUGGGGAGUUGCCUUCAUCGUUGAAGAACUGUGGAAAUUUGAUUAUUUUUGACUUGGGAGAAAAUAAAUUAUCGGGAGUAAUACCAACAUGGAUAGGGACACACCUAGAACUUUUAGUUGUUCUUAGUCUGCGAUUGAAUAAGUUCCAUGGAUACAUACCUGUAAAUAUAUGCCAUGUCAACUCUAUUAAAAUCUUGGAUCUCUCUCGUAACAAUAUAUCUGGAAUCAUACCCUGGUGCUUUAGUAAUUUUACUGCUUUGGUUUGGGGGAAUGAAUCAAAAGGAAAGAUUACUUAUUUUUAUGGAUUUCAUGCUGGUACUCGUUACUAUUACAUCAGCGAAUUAGAAUAUGAGGACAAUGCAAUAGUGCAAUGGAAAAGAGAAGAGUUUGAAUUCAAAAAUAGUCUAGCACUAUUAAAAAGCAUCGAUCUCUCUGACAAUAGAUUAGUUGGGAAAAUUCCUGAAGAGAUCUCGAGUCUUACUGGAUUGGGUUCCUUGAACUUAUCAUGGAAUUAUUUGAUGGGACAUAUUAUUCAAAAGAUUGGUCAGUUGAAAAUGUUAGAAUCUCUGAACUUAUCUAGAAACCAGCUUUUUGGUAAGAUUCCUAUAAGCAUCACUCAUUUAAAUUUCCUUGCUAUCUUGGAUUUGUCGAAUAACAACUUGUCUGGAAAAAUUCCAUCAAGCACUCAGUUGCAGAGUUUUGAUGGCUCUGCAUAUGCUGGAAAUCAUGAACUUUGUGGACUUCUGCUUCCAAAUAAGUGCCCAGGAGAUGAAACAACUCUUCAUCCUUCCAUUACCAAUCAUGGUGCAGACAACAUUAUUCAAGGGGAUGAAGAUGGGUUUAUCAACCGAGAAUUUUAUGUCAGCAUGGGGCUAGGUUUUGGGAUUGGAUUUGGUGCAGUCUUUGGCACUUUAUUGCUUCAACGUUCAUGGGAAUAUAUCUUUUUCAAGUUCUUGAACAACAUAAAAGAUUGGCUUUAUGUGACAACAACAGUGAAUAUGGCCAGAGCGAGGAGGUGGCUUCAAAGCUAAUAGCAGUGAAGUAAUAUGGUCAGAUUUUGAAGAAGAAGCUUCAAACCUAAUAGGUAAAUAUUUUCUUUCAUUUUGCUGAAUUUGUUGCCCUGUCAGUCUUUGAAUUUGUUUUUGCAUUAACUAGAUGUUCAAUAAUUGAAUGAAGCACGUUCAUAUUGUGUUGGACUGUUUGAAUAAAGAAUGGUACGUUGUAGCAUGUAGGGCAGUCCAAAAUAAAUGUAUUGCAUAUGGCAAGAGGCAAUGUCUCUAAACUAGUGAUCUUAUUCAACACCAUUACAGCAUAGUAUCUAGCAGUUUUCAACGUAAAAUUGUUGAUUUUAAUUUGACUUCCCGUGGUUCCCUAGAAUUAGAAUAAACACAUUGUCUUGUUAGAGAAAUUCUUUGAUUAAUAUUAUAUUAUUUGUUCAAAUUCUCAUUUUAUGCACUGUUAGUCCGGACAAAAGCAAAAGCCAAAUUAAUUACCGAAAAAGAAAUUAAGCCAAAUUUUCUUUUCUAAUACUUCCCAGAGCACUCAGCACCCUUUGAAAAUGGCAAUUUACCUUCUAUAUAUUUGGGCACUCCCCAGGGGCAGAGCCAGAAUUGUAAAGUAAGGAGGGCUAAAAAUAAUUAAACAUGAUUGCUUAGUGUGUCAUCCAUACUCUAAAUAUAGAAUUCUCAUGCAUCAAUCAUUCAAUUAAACCUAAUAAUUUACAACCUUCUAAUACAUUUAUACUUCUAAACUCUAAUGUGUUUUCGAAGUCAAGAAUCCAUUGAAAUAUGAUUCAUACAAGUAUUAAAACAAACGCCUGCAAGAAUGCAAGAUAUAUAUGUUCUUUAUUAAUAAAUUCAAAUUAGAAAGUAAGACCUGUGUGUUUGGCCUCUAGCUAGUUAUUAAUCCAUUAUAUAGUAAAUUACCUAAUUUAAUAAGAAACCAUCAAGUCAUCAACAAAGCUGGUUUUUUUUUUUUUUACAAAAACAAAAAUCAAUAUUUCACUUGAUUAACAAUAAUAAAAAAAUUGAGUCUAGGUCUUUUUCUAUAGACUAACAAUGUGUUUGGUUUAUUGGACUAGACUAUGCUAUGUUUUAUUAUGGCUUCUUUUGUGAUUGGGCAUGUCCAUUGUUCAUGGACUUGCUCAUAUUUAAGGAUUGGCCUUUAUAAAUUUUAUAACUCUUUUUAUUUAUAGAAAGACUAUGGAUUGGGUUAAUAGGAAGAUGAAGAAUAAUACAUGGGUUUAUAAGAACAAUAGUAUUAAAUUUUUUUCUUUUCAAUUGGACCUGGGCUAUAGCUCAGGUUAGCCCAUUACUAGUUCCUCCCCUGGCACUCCCCUCAUCUCUUUAAGCCUCUUGGGUUUGUUUGGUUAGCAUGUAAUAGAUAGAAAGGAAAAAAAAUAAAAAAUAUUUAAAUUUGUUAAUAUUUUGGUUAGGGUGAAAGUAAUUUUCUUCUAACUGCUUAAUUUUCCUUAAAAAUUUCUUGACAUAAAACAUAGAAAAAUUUUACUUUUCUUCAUAUCUUAGUUUCCUAUUAUACCCAUGUCACCCUCCUCCCUUUCUCCACAAACCUCUCUACAAACUUCUCUAACAAGCGAGUUUCCUUCGUUUGUAAAUUGCUUAUAAGAUAAUGUAAUAUUAAAUUAAUUGCAUUUAUAGUUUUAUAUGUGCAUACAAAAUUAAAUUUAUAUUGUACUUUUUUCUUUUCAUAAUUAAUAAUGAUUGAGAGUGAUAUAUAUAUACUAAAUUUGAAAUUAUAAUUUAAUUCAUACAUGUAUUUUUGUAUACACACACUUCUUAUAUUAGAUGUACCAAAAACUCAUUUAGCUUUAACUCUACGUAUAUUAAAUGUAUCAAACAAAUUUAGUUCCAAGUACUUCAUUUCAAUUUGACUAAGCUUUUAUUUCUUUUUCUUUUCUUUUUUUUCUUCUAUGACUAAAAGGGUAUAUAUUAACUUCAACCUUUUAUUCUCAAUAUUUUUCGGAUCAAUUUUUUUUAUUAAUUAAACUUGCACCUAUAAUCACAUAUAUCUAAUUAUUAAACAUAAGAAGACAAAUAUCACAAUGUUCAUUGUUUUAUCUUUGAACUUGAAAAAUUAAUUUUGUUUAUAAUUCAAGAGAGAUGAUAGUGUUUCAAAAGUGCACAAAGUAAUCUUAUAAUUAAAAGGGUAAUUUUGGGAAUUACAAUCACUUUCUUUUUACUUUUAUUUUUUCAAAACUCAUAAAACAAUAUUUUCUCACAACUUUCUUGAAAAUUUUUCUUACUAAUCAAAUACAUGAUAGAAACUUAAUUUUCUUUUCAUUUCUUUUACCUUCUUUCAUUUUCACUUUUCGUCAAAAAUUUCUAUCUAACCACACGGACCUUAAUGUAAAUCCCA